AAGAUAAAUUGGCCAAUUUCUAAAACAAACGACAACAAAAAAAUGUGUACAAUAAAUAACAUGAUGAUAAUGAUAAGCUAACUGUUACUUAUGAAUCCUUGUGCAAUCACAAGCUGUUGCUAACACUAAGCCCUUUGCCCACUGAAUCCGUUUUUUUUUUCCAUCUAAAAAAACCCCAACGAUCUCAUGUUGUGUCAAUCACGUUUGCACACUGAGUCCAAAACUUUUGUCCGUCAUCAAAGUUUUCGGAAGAGGUACGAUUUUUCUGCGCUUUUCACAUCUGUCAGAGACGUUAGACCAAGAAUCAGUGAAGAAAAUGUGGCAGCGGGACGCAUCCAUGACAAGACAGAGGAACGGGAAGCACAGAAUCAUUUCAUAACUCAGAUGGUAAUAUUCAAUGGGAUGAUGAUGAAGAGGAGGAGGAGGAUGUGGACUGCACACAGAAUGUGGAGGACAGCUCCACCCCUUCAUGCAGCUGUGGCGCCAAAUGAAAGACAGGAAGGGAGUGGUGACAUCCAGAACAGCAACUCAAGUGGAGAGGGACAAAAGGAGUGAGUGUCUUUUCAUUUUGUCACGUAUUGCAAUUUUUUGGCAACUAGAACAACAGAACACAUCACAACCACUGUGAAAGGUUUCUGUGCCUAAUGAUUAUUUUUUGAAUAAUGGAUUAAAAAAAACGCAUCAGAAAAAAAUGGACUCAGUGUACAAAGGCCUUUAUUGUGCCAACAAUUAGCUGUGUUAUUAUGUUUAUAUUUUAUUAUGUGAAAUUAUUACCGACUGGUUCCAAAAAUUGGAGCAGCUUCAGUAGUGUGGAAUAAACUGUGGUGUCCUGAAUGUUUCAUGAACAGCCCCGGACUUCUCAGGCUCUUUCAGCGAGUUACCGCUCAGAGGGAACUCAUUCAGCAGCAUCUCUGGCAGCAGCACAGCGUCUCUCCUUCUCCUCUCUCGCCAUUUGCACACGGGAGUCGGUGUCGUCAAGUGAUUUUGUCAUAAACCUUUGGUAAUGUAAACCUACAUGACGCUCGUGGCUCGACAAAUAGCUGGAGCAUUUAUGGGUAUGGUGGAGUGGAGAGGAUUAGAGUAGGAGAAAAUAUAAUCUGGGGCACAAAACAAAAAAAAUUGCAAGAUUUUUUUAGCCAUGUUGUUUAUUCUUGUUGAUUUCUCAUUUGUUUAUUGUUUUGAGGGGGAGGGGGACACCAGGGGAAGCUUGCCCUGGGUGCUGAAUGUACUGGGUGCAGCACUGGGUGACCUUGUGGUGAACCCACAGUGGGUUUGGCAGUGUGAACAAUAACAUAACUUACUUUCAGCAGAUACUCUGAUGCUCCCAGGCCAACAUCUCAUGAGUCAAAGUUGUGAUUCAGUUUGACAAAUGUCCCAAAACUUCAAUGUUUUGACUUAAUAGUUAGAAUCGUAUCAUAAGUUUGACUCCAUAUGACGUCAAAAUUAUAAGCCACACACACAGUUUCAAAUUUACUUGUGAUACAUAAAGACGUCUGUCAGCCCAAAUGUGUGUGAGCUGAGUUUUGGUUGGCUCAGUCCUCCUCUGCCUCCCUCUGCUAUGGGCGUACACGUUGGGUAAUGUUAUAGUUGUCCCACAGCUGAGGUGCUCUGGGUUCAGUUCUGCCCCCCUGUGGGUAAAGUAACCACCGCAUGGGAGUUAGUCUCCUACCAUCAAGGUUAGUCAUUAACCUUGUCUUCUCAGUCACUCAGGGCACCGAAGAAAGCGGACAGCGCUCUGUCCAAGGCAUGCUGCCGCUCGGCCGUCUCAUCUUACCAUGGGCGACUGUAACCACUGCACACCCGGCCGGGCUUUGUCCGUAGAGGACGGCGUCACCGUCGUGUUCCACAAAGUUGACAGCCAUAGCACGAACUGCAACGACGACCGCGACGACGACGACGACAACGGCGAUGAUGAACGGACGGCAGAGAGGAUUCACUUGCAGAGUAACUGCCGUGUGUCGUGGGAAAACGACGGUAAUGCCGCCGAGGGAGAAGCGGGAGGACGCGAGGAUUCACCGGAAGGCAGCGAGGAGAAAACGCUCUGUCCGCUGGUGUGUUGCGUCAGAAGCGGGCUCGCAUCCCGAGACGGAAGCGCACGUGAAGAUUCGGAGACACCAAAGAAAUGUUCAGGUCUUGGUUUGUUUUAUGCGUUCCUGUCCACGGUUUUCUUCUCCACCAUUGCCCUCUUGGUGAAAACCAUCCAGGGAAUCCACGCCAUAGAGAUCAGCGCCAUACGCUGCUUCUUCCAGAUACUCUUUACUAUGCCAUUACUCAUCUACCACAAGACAGGUUUCCUCGGUCCCAGAGAUAAGCGUGUAUAUCUGGUGCUUCGGGGUUUCAUUGGCUCCAAUGCCAUGAUCCUGCUCUUCUAUGCUGUUCAGCAGAUGCCGCUAGCGGACGCCACGGUCAUCAUGUUCAGUAAUCCAGUCUUUACCUCCAUCCUGGCCUGGAUCUUCCUCAAGGAGAGAUGUACCAUCUGGGACUGUGUCUUCACUGUUUUCACCAUCACUGGAGUCAUCCUCAUCGCCCGACCGCCGUUCCUCUUUGGCGAGGACCGACGUGGCAUCGAGGGCAACUACACUAACCACAUCAAGGGGACUAUCGCUGCCUUUGCAGGAGCCAUUGGAGCUGCCUUCACAUUUGUUGUCCUUCGCAAGAUGGGGAAGAGCGUCCAUUACUACCUCUCUGUCUGGUACUAUGCUGUCAUCGGGUUCAUCGAGUGUGUCAUCACUGUAUCCGUCCUUGGGGAGUGGAAAAUCCCAUUCUGCGGCCGCGAUCGCUGGCUGCUGAUGCUGAUUGCUGUUCUGGGUAUCGCCGGCCAGACCUUCCUCACAAAGGCCCUGCAGAUUGAGAAGGCCGGACCUGUGGCCCUGAUGAGGACUAUCGACGUGGUGCUGGCGUUCAUCUUCCAGUUUAUUUUCCUCAACCGUGCACCAACCUGGUGGAGCCUCGGAGGGGCGCUGUGCGUAGUGGUGAGCACAAGUGGAGUAGCACUUCGAAAGUGGUACGUCAACUCUCACAAGAGCUGAGAAGGAGGAGCGACACAGAAUACUGUGGCAUAACUAUUUAUUCUUUUUUUCACGAUCAUAUGUUCUUGAUUUAUUAUGUAUUUUACUUGUUACUUAAAUGCAAACCCUUGAGGAGGUCUAAGCUUUUUGGAGAGUUGAAAGCAGGAAUAUAGAAAGAUAAUUUAGUAGGAGUCAGUUGUGAGUUUAUGAUUGAAUUCAAAAUUGAAUUAUGUGCAUCUAUACAUGUUGAUUCCUGAGAGUCAACCUGUGGAACCUAUUGUCAUGCAUUUAUUUUUGUGUAAAUGAGCACUAGAGGAAAUAGAAGAAAGGAAAAACUGUUGCUGCCCCCAAACCAUAUCCGGCUCCCUGGAGCCUGAGCAGCUAAAUAAGUAUUCAACUCAGAUUUCCUGUUUUGUCCUUAAUAUAUACAUAACAUAAAUGGGACUGAAAGUAGAAUUUUGCCAUAGUGAAGCAGUCCUCAGCUCCAUUUUCCCUUUACUGUAACCUGAGUGAAAUAGCCAAAGAGAGAUGUUUACUGCUUUGGGGCCAUUCGUACUGUGUCACAUAACUUGGUAAUAAUAAUAGAGUGAAUUAAAAGUAAACUACAUAUUAGUAUGUACUAGGCGCUAUCAAAUGGGCAUCUGCAAAACAUACUUAAAGGGACAGUUCAUCCCAAAAUCAAAAGUAUAUAUUUGUCCUCUUAACUGGAGUGCUAUAUGUUAUCUAGAUUGUUUUGGUGUGAGUUGUCAAGUGUUGAAGAUAUCGGCCGUAGAGAUAUCUGCCUUCUCUUAAAUAUAAUGGAACUACAUGUCACUCGACUUGUGGUGCUCAAAGUGCCAAAAAAACUCAACAGCAAUGUCUCAUGAACUGGUUACUGAAGAUAAUCCACAGACCUUGUUGUGAGCAUUUUCAUGUAGGAACUAUCUUCUACAGAACUACACCCGCCAAAUGUAUGACCGUGCAGAAGGAAGCAUGCAUCUACUCAAGGACAAGAGAAGUAUGAGGGCCCCAUGUAUGCUGUCACAUUCUUAACGUAAAGUUACAGAGGUUAGGUUUGAAACAAGUAAAGUUACUGUGUUUAGGUUUAGGAAAAGAAACAUGGUGACGAUGCAGCUUAAAAUGACUCCGAGUUCACACAUUUCCGAACACUGGUCUCCAGGGGGAAAGUCCUGUGUUUUGUGACCCAUCCACCAACGCAACCCUCCUUCUUUACUCUUGUGAGUGCAUUGGUCACAUGAUUGCAGCCUUCCCAAACACAUGGGUCAUAAACAAAUUACUGGCUCAUGAUUAUGUGGGAUAUGUAGGAAUUUUGUUGCAUUAUAUUUUGUAAGAAAACUGCAUGAGAACAUCCUGGUGCUUUUGAUGGCAUCUGCCUCAGCUGAGCUGUAACGUUAGCUAGCUCAGUGGUGCUAACGUUCCAUAUCACCGCGCACAACGAAGUGUGCAUUUAUUCAUGAUAAAGAAGCUUGUGCUUGUGACAGUGUGGGACGUAAACUUUAAUAGUGUCCUCCUUUGCUGAGCUGUAACAUUAGCUAGCUCAGUGGGGCUAGGUGAGCUAUUAGUAGAUGCACUCUUCCCCCUGCAUGGUAAUACAGUUGGCAGGUGUAGUUUGGUAGAAAGGAAAUAGUUCCUACAUGAAACUGCUCUCAAAAAGGUCUGUGGAUUAUCUUGAGUAACUGGGUCAUGAUAUCUGGAAAGAGACAUUGCUGUUGAGUUUUUCAAAUGUAAUUUUUUGGCACUUUGAGCACCACAAGCCGAGUGCCAUCUAGCUCCAUUAUAUUGGAGAGAAAGCAGACGUCUCUACGACCGAAAUCUCCAACAUUCAGCAACUCACACCAAAACAAUCUACACUGAUAAAAAGCACUACAGGUAAGAGGAAAAAUGUGUAUGUUUGAUUUUGGGGUAGCCUAGUUCCAGACCAUAGACUCCGCCCACUCAACUGAGUAGGCUUGCAUUACUGGUCUGGCAUACUUCAAUGAAUUUGCGAUUUAUCUCGUCCAGACGAUGGACGGACCAAUGAACGCCGGGGGUCUAGCGAUUAGCCAAUCAGCGCCACGCUGAUGUCAAGCUGUACGCCGGUGGGUAACUGGUGAGGAUAGCAACAAUGGCGACCGUUACAGAUCCUACAGACCACAUUAACAAUGCUAUCGAGGUAUUUCGCCACUACUCGCGUUAAUGGAGGACCAAAUUAAGGAAGCUGCUAAACUGGAUUUAACGGCGAUGCAGCUGGGCAUGCACGACGACGGAGACAUUUUAAACGGGCAAUGCUCGCUUGUUUUCAGCACCCCCGAGGCAUGGAUACUAAUGACGUCAGAUUCUGGGUGAGUCGUUGAUCUCUACUGAUUGGUUAGGGAAAAAAUCAAAUUCCCUCCCCCUUGUAAAUCGCCUUCAAUGGAAGCCAUGUCAGACUGAAGGUUCUGGGAGCUUCAGUCUGACACUCAGGCUAAUUUUGGGGUGGACUGUCCCUUUAAUACAUCUGUAGUGUUGACAGUACAACUAAAAACCAAAUAAGCAGUAUUAGCACUUAAAUACGCACUUUUGUCUGGCAAACAAAAUGUGUUUAGUAGAAAGGCACUGCAGACAUUAAAGUCAACAAAAAUAUAUAUAUGAAGAUAAAUAAUAAUAUUCCCAAAUUGGUUACAAGAGUUCACUUGUAAACAGAGAGAUGCUGUAAGAUUUGCUCAGGGAUCUCAUUCCUAACGGCUCAUUAUGCCCAGUUAUUAAUACACCUAAAUCCAACCCAGCAUUCUUAUUCAUGAAUCAUUUAUUCCUUUGUGAUUUUUGAUUUUAUUUUUUUUCUGUCACCCUGUCUCCUCUAAUAUAUUACAUGGUAAUAUCCAUUAUUAUUCAGCUGAUAAUUUCUCUACAAUAUUUUAGAAGUGCCUUAACUUUACCCUCCAGCUUCCCUUCCCAUUGGAGCUGUUAAGUAACCAGCAACUUGAACUGGGCAGCUCUCAGGUGUGAGUGUGCGUAUGAUUCCGAAGUAGGGUGCAUCUUACAAAAGUCAACCCAAUAGCUAAUGAUUUUUAAAAUCAAUUUUAAGUCUAACAGUACUUUUAAUAAGGCACCAAAGACAUGACCGUUAUCCCUACUCUAAAGACCACAUGCUGAUUUCUUCGUUAUCUCAGUAGGAGGCGUCUCUGUCAUCUUGGCUCGCACUUAACGUCGCUAUUAAAGCAUCUAAUUAGUGUUCGCAGCAGUCUGAAAUAGGAGUGUUGGCACUUUGCUGCGCAAGAGAGUACAAAAAGCGUCAGAAAGCUGCCACUUUAGUUAAACAAAUGAGAUGAAAGCACACAAGAAUUGCUAGAUAACUUCCUCUUCCUAGAGAAGAAAGAUGAGAAGUGAAACUGCAUCAAAGGAGUGCGGGAUUUUCAAUAUGAACACUUCCUGAAUAUCGGCAAUAUUGUCAAAACUUUCACCUGUUCAACUGCUCAUUAAUGCAAAUAGCAAAACAGCCAAUCACGUGGCAGCAACUCUCAUGGUCAAGACGACCUGCUGAAGUUCGAAUCAAGCAUCAGAAUGAGGAAGAAAGGUGAUUUAAGUGACUUUGAAGGUGGCAUGGUUGUUGGUGCCAGACGUAUUUCACACACAACCAUCUCUAGGGUUUACAGAGGAUGGUCCGACAAAGAGAUGAUGGAUAUUGUGCUAAAAGCAAUAUUGUGUUAAAAGGUCGCCUCAUGCAGCGCUGGACUCAGCUGCAUAUUGAAUCAAAGGUGAUCUCAGUGUGUUAAUGUUUGUGGGAAAUCCCAGACAUACCUUUAUUUCAGGGGAUGUGGGUUUGUAGCCCAGCAGCCUGUGUGUGUGUGUGUGUGUGUCUGGUAUAAAUCAUUCUGUAUUUUUAGCAUUUAGCCAGGAGUUUCCCCUCUGUCAUGACUGAUGAAGUCUCGGUGCAACUGCGGUCCUCUGUUGUGGGGAUGUUUAAUUGGGUGAAAUACAGCCAGAAAAGAAAGGCAAUUAGUGCUGCCAGACUGCUAUUUAACAUCCCGCAGUCUCUUCCUCGCUUUUUUUUUUCACACGCUGCUGUUUGUGUUCUUGUUGUCAAGCACAGCUGCAUCAUCAGACUCGCCUCCAAUUAUAGCUCUUCCUUUUAACUAGUAAGUCACUAAUAAACUGAACUCUUGAGUUUGCACGUUGUUGUUUUGUUAAAUCGCAUCUAAUGUGACACUUCAUUUGACAGUGAUGUAAGUUGGUUUUGAUAUUUCUCUUCUUUAAGAAGUCAAUCACAGAUUCCAAGAGGAAUAUGUAGAGCAGGGAUGGCACAGUGUGACAUCUGAAAUCUUUCUAUGCUGGAAAAAGGACUUUCCUAUGGGAGCUUAUUUAAUUUUUAUAUCAAUUUGCUGUGAUUAUUAUGACUAGGAACAUGUAUCAGUUCAUAAAAUUCUGGUCUUACCCAUUAUUUUUUAAAGAGUACAGUAUAGUUAAACGAAUAAUUUGCAGUAGUGCAGUAAUUUACAGUAUACUGAGGUAUUUAGUAGGGCUGCCCCCGACUCAGAACUUUCCAGGUCGACCAAUAGUCGUCAUUUAGGGCCAUUAGUCGACUAGUCACCCGCAUGUUUACAAUAUGAAUUUAAUUAUUAACUGAUAUAUUUUGGGUGGGGCAACACAAUGGUUUGAGUUCAAGGUCUGAGAAAGAAUAGUAUCAGUAACAUUGUUAACACUGUGCUACAGUACAGAGAAAUACAAGCGUGGUCCAGUCAUACAGGUUUUGAUUUAUUUUGACAAGGCACAGCUCCUACUAAGAGUUUCACGUUUUUGUUUUUUUGUUAAUGAAAUCUUUGUUAAUGACCUUUCUGAUCGACUAAUGUUUGGUCGACUCUAGGGAGCAGCCCUGGUAUUAGAAAUACAGAUGCUCGUCUUUCUAUUAAACUGAUACAGAGAUGCUGUAUUGAGGCGAUGUAUUGUAUUGCACAGCACAGCACAAGCCACUAGAGGUCAGUCUCUACUAGCGGAACAGGUGACUGCGAGUGAUGGGGAUAACAUUACAGGACAAGUAAAAAAUCCUCUGUCCGGAAGUAUUGCCACAUGUAACUUAAUCUUGAAAUGACUUCUUCCAACUAGAAAAGCAGUUCAUGACCCACAUGACUUCAUUCAGCACCUCAGAUUCAUUCACCCCACUGUUGUGUCAAUAUCCGCCCUGGCAACAAGUGUCGUCAAGUCCUCUAAAUAGAGGCUAAUUGCUUAUGAGAAAUACAUCAGUGCAAUGUCGUACAUGCUUCUCGUUACUUACAUUAUUUUUUUUACACAACUAACGUGGUAUACCGAAUACCCUUGUGAAAUAAUGGGAAUAUAUGAGAAAUAGAUAACGCCCAAGCCUAGUGUGAAAUAUGAUAAAAGCUGAUCUAUCACAUGUAGUCCCAGUAUCAUACUUUAGUGUGGAGGACUUUAUUUAAAGGCACUGUAAUCAUUGUUCCAUAGUACACAAGGCAGUUACCGUUACUUCAGAUGUUCAGACACUAAUUAUACGUUCUUCUUGUUUGAUUUGCUUUGACGUUGAUUUUUACCUCCAGAAUAUUAGUUUAGCUGACUUGAAUGCUGGUAGUGUUGUAUUUCCAUCAAAUGGCUAAUUAAACAUUUGUUUCAGAACCUAUAAGCCUUACAAAAUAAACUGUUUUUAGAGUUUUUAAAACUAUGCUUCAUAGUAUUUAUUUUACUAUUUCUGUAAUGUAUUACAUCAAAAUAUUCUAUGAGAUGUAUAUAUUUCUGCAUAGUGAUUGAUUAUAUUUAGUAUACUAUGAUUUAAUAAUAAAUUCUAUAUGAAUUUAUAACUGUUCUUGUCUGUGGUCUUGUUUCCUGCUGUCAGACUUUAUUUAUUUAACCGUUUAUUUAACCAGGAAGUCCCACUGAGAUUGAAAAUCUCUUUUACGAGAGAGGCCUGGCUGAGGUAGCAGCCAAUCAAGACACAUUUUAAAAUGCAACAAUACAACAUGCAAUACAAAAAUCCACAAUAAAACAACAACUAUUCAAACAUAGUGACCUCUCAAGAAAAACAAGCUCAUGUCUCUGUAACCACAAUGCUCUUGAAUUUAUCAGUGGAUAUAAGUGUUUCUAAUUUUAGAUCUUUUUGAAGAUUGCUCCUUGCCAGAAUGCAGUUUACCCCAGAUUUGUUAAAACCCAGGGUACAUUAAAAAGCAACCACUUGGUCGACUUCUGCAGCCAGGUUUCUUUUUCACAAAUCAUUUCAGAAAUUGUGGCUUCAUUAUCUUUCUAACCUGACUGAAACUUGUGGAACAGACCCAAACUGUGUAGAUGCAUUGUCUGUACUUACGUCAUUGUCCCAGAGCCCAUGGUGCUACCCUCGCUUUGCUAAUGGGUGACAAUGGUGACAAACCACUGAGUCAGGUAGCUGUUGACAAGAGUGCACAGAAUAGUACCUGGCUAAGUGGAUUGUAGUCAUUGUUUGUACGCGUGCAUGCAGAUUAUGUGUCUCUUUGAGCAUUGCACCUUUGUUUAUUUCUGCCUUUGUUUGUACACAGUUGUGAGGCAUUGUGUAUUCAUGCAGAACGGCUGUGUUUCAUUGUGUCGCAACAUAACCCAUAUCUUGCAAAAACAAAGGCUUGUACCUUCCAUAGAGGGCUGACUGUACGCAGAUGGUGUCAUAAACCUUAUUCUAGAUCUAGGCAUGGUUGCGGGGUAAUUUCUUCAGCUGAGCGCUGAGCUAAGUAAGUGUGAAGAGGCUGAGCUACAACAGAGGGGCUCUUUGUUGUGGGGGAGAAUUAGGACUAACUGGAUGCUAAAAUGUGUUGUAUAAAAAUGAAAGCUGGGCUUUUUAUCUUUCACCUACAGCUUAGUUCUUUCUUCUAUGUUCUCAAUUUGAAUAUGCAAUCACCAUCAGUCUAUAUAAAGCGCAAUCACCUAUCAAAUAUACCCAUAUUAUUGAUAAAGGUCACACUAUACAAAUAACACAACCAUUAUAGAAGGAUGUAUUUUGUUUAUUCUGUGUAUUAUUGGUAGUUGCAGUAGUAAUGGUGCACCUGCUGUGAUCAAUACCAUUAUUAUCAAUAUUAUUAUUAUUAUUAUUAUUAUUGAAUCAGAGCCCAGAAGUAACAGUAAUAUAAUAAUAGCUUGCUUCACAUGUAAUGAUUCUUUACUGACAGCAGAGGGCAGGAUCCACUAGAACUAGGACUGGCUCUUGAACGCCACUUCACCUCAUCCUUUCUGACUUUCCCUGAAACUUUUAUUGUGGAUGUAAGAUAUUGGUUUUAUUAAUGUUUCACAGUCAUAAUCUGAAUAAACAGAAUGUAUUUGU